GCAAGAAAAAGUUAUCUUCCACUAGGACUCACUGGAGUUUGUUGCUUUUUGACUUAAAAACAAUAAGAGGUUGAUACUAUAUAAUGUACAGAAGAACACACACUGACACACAACUUUUUUUAUUUUUGUCAUAGGAUCAGUAGACGCUGGGCAAAAAUGGAAAUAAGCUUUUUAUCCAGCUAGAGAAAUAGUAUUUCACAAGCAUACAUACAUACACGAAUACUAAAAUUAUUCAACAAAGGUAAAAUUUAUGGACUUUUUGAAAAGCAUGUACACCUGUAUUGCUACUUGCACUUUGUGAUAACCUUUGGAAUUGGUGGUCUGACAAGUGACAACCAAAUGCAGAGUGUGGCCUCCUUCAAAGUUCAGACCAAAGCUUUAUGCAUUGAUAUAGUGUUUGGCAAAAUAACAAAUAUAACCCCUGAGUUGCUUAGACUUUACGUUUUAAACCCUGAGGUUUACUUUCUUUUAUUAAAAUUCUCAAAUAAACCCCUCCAUUGCUGUCUCUAUUUUUUUCCUUCCCGAAGAAUUUCGGCUGAGACUAUUUCGGACCCUAAAACCCCUCUAGCGAUCCAGUUUCAGUUAAGUGCACAUCUUCAAAAUCAAAACUUCCCGCCGUUUCAAGAGUGGAAUAAUCAACUUCGUGUCGUUUUUAGUGUAGACUCGCUCCUUGGUUCUGUGCCUCGGCCUUUGCCUGCUUCUUCCGCCAGAGAUUCGCCACUCGAGAAAUGAGAUGGCUGAGGUAUCUAAACCAAUGGCGUGGAACGGCGAAAGAAGCAUUCGAUCAAGUCUCAAUCGUUGCCAAGUUUCUCUGUUUGCUUCAUGUCACCGAUCGUUAUAUAAUCUCCUCCACUCACGUUCAAGGUCCUAGCAUGCUUCCGACGCUUAAUCUCACCGGCGAUGUCAUUUUGGCGGAACAUGUGUCGCACCGGUUCGGUAAAAUUGGUCUUGGUGACGUUGUAUUGGUUCGGUCUCCGACAGACCCAAUGAAGAUGGUGACAAAGCGUGUCUUGGGCUUAGAAGGGCAUAGACUCUCUUUCUUUGCUGACCCAUUGGUCGGUGAUGACUCAGUCAACGUUGUGGUUCCAAAAGGUCAUGUUUGGAUUCAGGGAGAUAACGUGCAUGCUUCAACUGAUUCACGUAAUUUUGGACCUGUGCCUUACGAUCUUAUCGAAGGAAAAGCUCUUCUGCGGGUCUGGCCACUACGAUGCUUUGGGUCAUUGAGGUGACGAUCACGUUCGAGUUGUUUCAGCUGCUUUUGGAGUAAGAUGCGUCAAGAGAUUAUUGCUUCAUCGGUUUUGUUGUGUUGUUGUUCAUACUCAUUUGUGUUAUCAUUUAAAUUUUGAUAAAAUCACAGAAGUGGGAUAAGCAUUUUUUUUGCCCUGUUUCCUUGUUGGCAAUAUUAGAGGAAGCCAUGGAUCUGAAGUUGGGAGUAUACAUGAAGCUAUAUCUAGUGUUAAGAUUUAUGUUGGAUUUGGAAAAAAUGUGGUGCCUUUUGGGAUGAUAAUUGUUGCUUGAACAAAGUUUUAGAUGUGUUGAUCCGUUUGAGAUGUGAAGCCAA